CAUCCUCAUCACUCUCACAGCUUCUCCUCGGCUGUUUCCUGGCUCUCGGCCAUGUUCAUGUUCAGCCUGGGAGGCGUCUCAGGAGAGCCCAGAAGAACUCAAACGGUCCGGCUCUUCAGUUCAGUUUGGGGGAGUGUGUACACAGUAGCUUCCACAGCUCAACUCUGCAGACUACUACAACAUCUCCAACAGCUUUAUCCUGCUUUCCCUAAGAAGCAAGAGCAGGAGCACCAGGGCAGAGUUCCGUAUCCUCUGAAAUACAGAGAAAAAACAAUGGCUGCAGUCAGUGCAGGUCCAGUAACUGAGGAACAGCUUGCAGCCAUCCAGGAUGAGCAAGUGCUGAACGACAUGCUGGACAAGGCUACGGAUUUCGAGGAAAGAAGAAUGAUCCGUGCCGCCAUGAGAGAACUGCUGAAGAAAAAGCGAGAACAGAGGGACCGAGAACGUGCGGCACGGCAGGAGAACCUGCGCCAGCAGGGUGUGUGUGUCGGACCGAAACCAGCCAACGGUUCUAGCAAUGUUCAUCAACACACACGCAAAACACCUCAAGCGAAGUCUCCAAAUCCAGCUCCUUCAGGUUCACUCCCUAAAACAUCAGGAAGUGUGGCUCGUCCUCCAGCUGCUGGAGUACCCAGAGGCUCUGCGCUCGGUGUCCCAAACACCAAGGACGUCAAACAAAUGUUGCUGGACUGGUGCAGAGCCAAGACCGAACCGUACGAGGGUGUGAAGAUACAGAACUUCUCAUCUAGUUGGGCUGACGGUCUUGCCUUCUGCGCUCUGGUGCACCGAUUUUUCCCUGAGGGGUUCGAGUACUGCACUCUGGACCCAUACGAUCGCAAAGCCAACUUUGAGAAAGCCUUCAGGACCGCAGAGACGUUGGGUGGCUGUCCUCGUCUGCUAGACGUCGAAGACUUGCUGCGAAUGCGGGAACCAGACUGGAAGUGUGUGUACACCUACGUCCAGGAGUUUUAUCGCUGUUUAGUGGAAAAAGGACUCGUCAAGACCAAAAAGAAGACCCCUUAACUAAACAAACACACACUCACACACACACACACACACACACACACACACACAUACAGUGCCAGAGGUGAGUCACAGAGAAAUAAAUGUAAACACACUCUUGAUUCCUUACAGUUCUACUAGUUUAUUGCUGUAGUCUAUUGCAUGCGUGAAAGUGUGACAUAUUUUCUGGACUAGAAUGAACAUCUUUGCAGUUUCUUUUGUCCAGCAUCAGAAAUGUGGGACUUUUUUAGUCGUGAAAAAAAAUCCCAAAGUUGCUUAAAUUCUUUAUUAAAGAAGACAGACAAGA